AUGAAAAAACCUGUGAUCUGUGUUGAUGGAAAGGAUAGGGUGCUGAAUUAUGAAUAUUUGGAUAAGAGAAAACAUAUUGGAAUGAUUGUUAGGAAUUUAUUUAGGAAAUGGUUGAUUGAGUGGAUUGAAAAUUCGAAUUCUUAUUGGAAUGUUGGGAAAGUAGCUGAGAAAUCGACAUUGAUUCAAACUCUGGAUGUGAAUGAGGGAAAAUAUGAAGAAUUAUUGCAAUUUUCGAGGAUUUUUGGUGAUGUAAGAAAGAUGCUAAAUGUCAAUAAUCAAAAUGAAUCUCAGACAAGUUCAAUAUGGAAUUUCUUUAAUCAACUUGUAGGUUAUUCGAAACAUAACGCAGAGGAAGUGAUUAAUCAAGAGGAAAAACAAGUAGACGAUAUCAAAAUUGCCAUGUUUGGAUCAGAAAUUUCACAACUUUACCACCAUAUGAAAAAUUCCCCAAACAAACACAAAUAUUUGGUUGGAUGUGAUUUAUCCAUCAUUGAGUACCAUUCAUUGAGAUCACUAACACGUUAUCGAUAUCAAGUAUUUGCAAAUGCUGGAUCUGACAAGUAUAUUGGUGUCACAAAAUCCUAUUUUAAGGGUUCACAUUUCAUAGUUUUACUUUUUGAUUCAAAAUCUUCGAUGGAAUAUUUAAAAAAUCUUGAUUCUUUUAUCACAAUGUACAUGGAAUUGAUAUUUAUUCAAUUGAAAAGUUCCCAUUCCAAUCAUGUUCAAAAACAUGAGGCAGAACAAUUUAUUUAUUCCAAUUUUGGAGAAGCAGUUUAUUUGGAAAUUGAUAUUGAAAAUAAUCCUAAAAGUGUUGAUGCCAUUCUAUCGUACACGGCAUUGUUGAGUGAUAUUUUGAUGGGUUGUAACUUGAAUGGCAGUUGGAAGUAUAAGAAAGGUCAAUAA